CCUGCUGCGGCUCAUCGCGCAUCAUCUUCGGUUGCCCACACACCACAACACCCGCGUUCCUUACCCUUCCUUACCCACACAACACGCGUCCUGCCUCCCUCCGAGCAACAGUUACGACAGACCCGAGAAGCACAGUGGACUUGUUGUUCCAACAACAGCAGCAGCGGCAGUUGAUUUGGCGUUUUUGAUUCCCAGCCAGCCCUCACAUUUUCAGUUCUACAUCCGCGAUCCCGCACCAUCAUGGCCACCGCGAUCCGCCGCGUGUUUGAGAACAACCGCAAGCAUGGCCGCGCAGUGUUUGUCGCCUUUAUCACUGCCGGAUUCCCCACCAUCGACGCCACAGUGCCUUGCAUGAAGGCAUUGCAGGAUGCUGGCGCGGACAUCAUCGAGCUUGGUCUGCCGUUCUCCGAUCCCCUUGCAGAUGGCAACACCAUCCAAAAGGCCAACACAGUGGCUCUGGCAAACGGCAUCACAACGCCACGCGUCCUGGACCUCGUUCGCCAAGCGCGCGAGGCCGGCGUGACGGUGCCGAUUGUGCUGAUGGGGUACUUCAACCCGAUCCUGGCAUACGGUGUGGAGCGCAUGUGCGUGGACGCCGCAGCGGCCGGCGUCAACGGGUUCAUCAUUGUCGAUCUCCCACCAGAGGAAGCGGCAGACACGCUCAAGCACAUCCACGCCAACGGCCUCUCGUUCAUCCCGCUCGUCACGCCCACCACGCAGCAGUCGCGCAUCAAGAAGCUUGCAAGCAUCGCCAGCAGCUUCAUCUACUGCGUGAGUGUCACGGGCGUCACUGGCCAGCGCGCCAGCAUGUCGUCGGACCUGCCCGCCUUUCUCGCGCGCGUGCGUGCGGAGACCUCCCUCCCGCUCGCUGUUGGUUUCGGCAUCUCCACGCGCGAGCACGUGCUGGAGGUGGCCAAGCACGCCGAUGGCGCCGUCGUCGGCUCAAAGAUCAUCGCCGCCGCAGAGCUGGCAGACAAACCCGACGCGACCGUGGAGGAUCGCGCAAAGAGCGUGUUUACACUUGUCAGCCAGCUUGCAGGCGGCCCCGCGUCCUUCAGCACCAGCAGCGAUGACAGCAGCACCGACACGGCUGCUUCGAGCGACAGCGGUGGUGGCCGGGACACGACCGAGAACAGCGAGUGGCUCUUUGACGGCGGAUUUGGUGGUCGAUACAUCCCAGAGACGCUGGUUGAGGCGCACGAGGAGCUGUGGACGGCGUGGAAGGCAGCGCGUGACGACGACGCGUUCACCAGCGAGCUCAACCGCCUCCGCGUGCACUAUGUUGGCGGACCAACGCCGAUCUGGCGCUGCGAGCGGCUCUCCAAGCUUUGCGGCGGGGCGAGUAUCUGGCUGAAGCGGGAGGAUUUGUCGCACACGGGUGCGCACAAGAUCACGAAUGCGCUGGGGCAGGUGCUGCUGGCGAAGCGGCUUGGCAAGACGCGCGUGAUUGCGGAGACCGGUGCGGGCCAACACGGCGUGGCCACGGCGACGGCGUGUGCUCUCCUCGGCAUCGACUGUGUUGUGUACAUGGGCGAGGAGGACACGCGGCGACAGAGCCUCAACGUGUUUCGCAUGCACGUCCUUGGAGCAAAGGUUGUGGCGGUGAAGGCUGGCUCGCGCACGCUGAAGGACGCCAUCAACGAGGCGAUGCGUGACUGGGUGACCAACGUGGCCACCACCCACUACUGCAUCGGCAGCGCUGUUGGGCCGCACCCGUUCCCCACAAUUGUUCGUGACCUGCAGCAGAUCAUUGGCCAGGAGGCGCGCACAGCGUUCCUGGAGCAAGUUGGGCGCCUGCCUGAUGCUGUGCUCGCCUGCGUUGGCGGCGGCUCAAACGCAAUCGGAAUGUUCCACGCUUUCGUGCCAGACAAGGACGUGCGAUUGAUUGGCGUUGAGGCUGGAGGGGAGCAUGGUGUUGUGACGGGCGCCAAGCACUCAUCCUCACUCACCGCUGGCCGCCCGGGCGUUCUGCACGGAACACGAACAUUCCUCCUUCAGGACGAGCAUGGGCAGAUUGAGGAGACGCACUCCAUCUCUGCUGGUCUCGAUUAUCCAGGCGUCGGCCCCGAGCACGCUGCGCUCAAGCACACGGGCCGUGCGGAGUAUGUGAGUGUGACGGAUGCGGAGGCGCUUGAUGCAUUCCAGCAGCUUAGCCGGUCCGAAGGCAUCAUCCCUGCACUUGAGUCUGCACACGCCGUCGCACACGCCAUGAAGCUUGCGAAGGAGCUUGGGCGCGAGCAGCACGUGGUGGUGAAUUUGUCCGGUCGUGGCGAUAAGGACAUGAUGACCGUCGCCAAACACAUGGGCGUGAACCUCGACGCCCUUUGAUGUCGUGAUCAAGAUGCACAAACGCGACAAGAAGCACUCCACAAAUGUGAAACGAAAUCGCGCGUGCCAUUCAUUGACAGCGAUGGCUGGCGGUCGCAGCCAGCAGUCAGUCGUCACACCCACUCAUGUCACCACCAUACUUUCGUUUCGUUCUGCACUGCUGUCUUGCACACCCCGCUUUCACCAACCUAUCGCUUUGUGUCUUGUCUUCCAACCAACCCCUCCCUGUUUUGUCUUCCGUCCUUGCCCCCCCCCCCACUUUGGUUUUGCCUCCCAUAGACGCCGCUGUGUUCGUUCGACACGUGCCAAUGCCCUACCUGAUCGCUAUCAGCCCUGCUUUCCACCCGACCCACGCUUUCGUCUUUACCCCCCGUAGUGUGCCCUUUUUGUUUUUUUUGUCUCAGGGUGUGCGACAAGUUGUAACCGUGCUACAUUGCGCUUCUGAGUUCACCGCAUUGGCUGUGAAGGAGUCACUACAAUGUUUUAUGCCAGGUA